AUGUCGGCCACUCAGAGUGUACAGUGCUUCGGCAAGAAGAAGACUGCCACCGCAGUCGCACACGCAAAGAAAGGAAAAGGCCUCGUCAAAGUCAAUGGCAAACCUCUCAACCUCGUCCAACCCGAAAUCCUACGAUUCAAGGUCUACGAGCCACUCCUGAUUGUUGGUCUCGACAAAUUUUCUGAGAUCGAUAUCCGCGUCCGGGUCACCGGUGGUGGUCACACUUCGCAAGUUUACGCCAUCCGUCAAGCGAUCGCCAAAGCCGUCGUUGCCUACUACCAAAAAUUCGUCGAUGAGUUCACAAAGAACUCGCUGAAGCAAGCUCUUGUUCAAUACGACCGCACACUCCUUGUCGCCGAUAACAGACGGUCGGAACCCAAGAAGUUCGGUGGUCCAGGUGCCAGAGCCAGAUACCAGAAAUCUUACCGUUAA